AUGGCCUCGAACACCCAGAACGUCGUCCGCUACACCGCGAUCCUUGCCGGUGUCAUCUACGGCUUCUCCCACGCCGGCACCCUCCAGGCCAAGCACAACGAGGAGUCGGCCCAGCACGCCACCGCUCGCCGGGCAGAGCUCAUCGAGGAGGCCAAGAAGGCCUGGGUCGAGAAGCAGGCCGCCGCCAAGAGCUCUUCGGGCCUCGUCACUGACCCCGAGGACCCCGCGUUCGACCUCGAGAAGGUCGUCGCUUCGUGGGAGUCGAAGUAG